AACUUGGCGAGCCCCGCUUGACCUUCUCACUGCAAUCCACGAAGUGUGACAAUGAAGCUUCUCGAAACCGUUCAAGUCAACAUGCGAAAGACGAUGGACAGCAUGACACCACUUCAGUACUCUUGGCCACAGCUCCCCGACCGCAAGCCCAUGCCACCACUUUACCAACCACUGAUAUUCAUCCUUACCAUUAUCCCAUUCUUUUUCCCCAGCCGGCGUCGGAUCGCCAUCUGCGUUUUUCCGUUGAUUCUUAACCUUUGUCUUAGGUCACCGUGCUAUACCUUCGGUAACCCCUCUGCCGAUUAUUACAACAGCUCAUUCUUUAUAGCGGCACCCCUUUGGUUCCUCGAAUUCGCAAUCUUGUCUCCACAGAAAGGGCCCGGUGCCCCUGCAUGUAUUGGAAACCCGAAGCACAACGGCGCUAGCAGCGAGAGAACCUUGGACGACAUGAACCUGUCAUGGCAGAAAGUUCUCCGGGUGUGCUCACUCAUGGUUCCGUCGCACCGUGGUAUUGGUUGGAACUGGCAAGUCAAAGGCAUUCCUGACGAUCCGUACGAUGGCUUUUCGAAACGGGCUUUUGUGGGCAGACAUGCUCGAAAGAUGAUGAUCGCGUACUUGCGGUCUAUGGGCAUGCUCGUGCUGCUCGGAUGGGGUUCAGCUGCGGAGAUACGGCUGUCGUCGGAAGCCCGCCCCUAUCACCUCAUUGUCGAUGCGCUCAUUGGCUGGUCCGGUGCGAUUUGGGUCUGGGACAGAUUGAACUUCGCUUAUAGCUUCAUGGCGGCUGUAUCCGUUGCAACCGGGGUGUGCGAAACGUGGCAAUGGCCGCCGCUAAUGGGGAAGUUGAGGGAUGCGUGGUCCGUGAGGCAGGUUUGGAGUGUGGUGCAUCACCAAACAAUGAGAAAGAUGGUCUCGCAACCCGCAGUUCGCAUUGUUCGCCUCCUGGGUCUCCGCAAAGGCAGUCUCGCAUCGGGAUGCACUCAACUAUAUGUUUCCUUCGCGCUCAGCUGUCUGGUGCAUGAGUUUCAAAUGUUCAUGGUAAUGCGGAGAGACAUGGGAGAAUUGGUGUUCUUCAUGUCGCAGCCGGUAGCUAUCACCAUCGAAGGUGUUGUGCAAUGGAUUGCUGUACACACACGGUACCGAGGAGCCGGUCAUGACAAUAUUGGACGCGCACUAGCAAGGUAUGCGGGCUACAUAUGGGUGGUUUUGUGGUUUUCCUUUAGUCUACCGACAUACGUGAAAGGUUGCAGAGACGCAGGGAUCGUUCAUGAUGCGAUCUUCGGCGACAGACCCUUUGAGGCUGGAGUUCGUCUGGCAAGUUGGAUGCUUUUGUGAUGGGGAGAAAAGGUUGCUUUCGAGCAGGAUGGUAUACAUAGCACCUUGAAAGGCAGCUCUACAAGAGCGAAAUUUAUAUCAGAAAUAGGAAAAGUGAUAGAGGAUGCAACUGCGAAGCUUUCAA